CUAGUUAAUAAUUUAUGAUAGAUUGUCAAAUUGAAGUAAAAUCAUACAAAAUUCCUGUAACGCAUUAUCAUGGAGUAUAAAAUUUAUAAUAAAUCUGAAGAGUCUCAGGCAGAUUCAAAUUUUGCAAAACAUGGACCUGACCUAUAUGGUAAUGGACAAGCCCCGGAAUAUAAUAAAGAAGAAUCAGAGGAAUGUAUAAGGGUGCAGCAAACACUUAGCGGUAAAACAUAUUGUGCAGCUUCUAAAUCGGUUCUAAAGGAAAGAACACGAGUGUUCACUCCGAGCGAAAAUGCCUUCUACGAUACCUACAACAACACAAAGCAAAAUAUUCAGUAUAAUUUCAACACAGCUGAACUGUCAGAGACUUAUCAGUUCGCUAACAUGCCUAGUUCUAGUAAACAACAAAACAUACCAAAUGAUCGCAAUGAAACUGUGUUUGAAAGUUUCAAAAAUAAAGGAAUAACAACAUUUUGCGAAGGUAACUAUCCUACAGGAGGUAAUCCAAACAAAUAUACAGAAAAAUCGACAUAUUGCCGUGCAUUGUUUAACAAUCAAGAAUUUGUUUAUAGAACUCUUGCUAAAAACGCAAGGUUACAGCGAUUAGUCAGGAAACUAGUGUGCAUAAGACAGAAGCAGAAAGAAGAAGAUUUAUGGAAUAACUACAUCAAUGAAUUGAAAAAUAAGCAUCGCUAUAGCUUAUCAGAGAAUGUUUCUCUACAAAAUUGUGAAGAACUACCCUCUGAAAGAAUCGAAGAUUAUUACGAGAAAGGAGAAUCGGCCCCAUGUCGAAACUUGCUUAAAGAUUUUUAUACUGUGCAUAAUAGUUUUGACCAUAGUUUGGAAUACAGAACUCGUAAUAACUAUCAACCCCGGCGAAAUUGCGGUCAGUAUAUAUUUGAAAAUCAAUCUCUUUGCUAUCCGACCUCUUCGCAGGGUCGCUUGAUGAUGCUAAACAAAGAGCGACAACAAAAUCAAUUCGCAAAUGACUUGCUGCAGCAUCCGCAACACAGACACUUUCGUGGCAACAUUAUUUUUGCGGAUAGAGAGUUUAAACGUAAAAAUCGAACUUUUAGACGUUUAGAGCCAACAAAAUCCACGAACACCGUAGAUUCUCAGAGCGAGACUGUCCAAAAACUUAUAAACAAUAAAUCCAUGCAGACAGAUUUAAGAUGCUUAUUUCCAAUAAGCGAGGAUGGGACAAAUCACAGUAAAGUAGAGUCCACGAGAGAAAAGUACAAACAGGUCGCAAAGAAUGUAGAAAGAUUGAAAAGAAAACUCGAGAAAUCUAAUACCGAAGUAAAACAAACCGCACUUGACAACAUUGAGAAUAAAUUAAACAAUCUGAUACAAACACUUAACACGUUUAUGGUUGAUAUUAGAGCCAACAGUCCGUUCAGUCAAGACAGUAAAUCAUAUUCGGUGUCGAGCCGAGUUAGAAAUAAUAGUCUUAACGAGUUAAACGCAGCAAAAAGUGAUACAUAUAGUGUUAUUAAGCGGGAAGAAGCUAUUUGCCGCGCGGCGCAUGAAAACACUACCGCAACAUCGGUUUUUUUAAACGCAGGUCUGAGCACGAAAGGUAAUAAAGAUAAAUACAUGAAAAUCGAUAAAAUACUCAACGAAGAGAUGGAUAAAAGUAAUAAAGUAAAGCAGGAUAUAGAGGAUAUUAUGUACCAACGGUCACAUCGUCCCAGAGCUGUGCAAAUUACGUUUGAUAUUCCGACGAGAGAGCGGUCUACUGAAGUGACAAAUUCUUUGUCUAAAGCUAAAGUUCAAGAGGCUUCCAAUAUCGAAGAAGUAGGACAUCCAACGAACGAAAGUGACGAGAAGCAAAUGACUAUUGCUGUAAACACGGAUCCUUUAGGAAUCUUGGGACUAUUAAGAAUAUCUACAGAGGCAGUGAAGCAAAUCCUAUCUUACAUGCCGCAUAUAGAUUAUUAUUCGUAUUUGUCUCUGCUGCAGUUUCCUCAGUCGCGGCAUGGCGUCCCUCAUUAUAUUUGCAACAUUUGCGGCGCCUCUUUCGAACGGCCCUCGCAGCUCAGUGAUCACAUUCAAACACAUAAUUUGGGUUAUUCCAGGGACUGCUGCGUCUGUCGUCAUGUCCUGGACAUGAAGCAGCAUCGUCCCGGCCUGUUCAAGUGCAGGCAUUGUGGCCAGAUGUUCACCAGGGCUUACUGCUGCGAGCUCCAUGAGGAGACGUGCGCCAGGAGACUCGGAGUACCUCGUGAUGUCAACUCUACUGUUAAUUUACUACAGUAGGUUAUGAAAGGAAUCUUAGUUGGAAUUUAAGAUAUUAGAUCAGAUACUAAUUUAUCAUAGAAGUUUAAAUUUUGCAAGAUCAUGUUAGAUUCUAAUUUGUUAGUAAUGAUUAAAAGUACAUAGUUUAAAAAUAUUAUCAGAUUUAUUUUGUACAUUCCGUCGAUAAAUGUUUUGAUCAAAUAAUAAGUAAAUGAUUUGUAUGGUUUGUAUUUAAAGGAUAUGUUUUGUUUUGGUUUGGUUAAGAGUAAAUGCUUGUUAUUAUAAGAGUUACAUUAUUUCCGUUCAUAGUUUAUACGGUAUUU